ACGGAUGGAAAAAUAAAAAGAAGCGGAUUAGAAAUGUUAAAAAUUACCGUAUUUAAUGUAAUAUAAACAAUAUCAGCCACAGUAGAGCGCAUUAAGUAAAAUUAUAUGUGUAUAAAAAUAUGAAAAACAAUUACAUUUGUGUGUAAAAAUAAAACUUUAUGAUCAUAAUAAUAACAGGAAACCCUGUUAUAACACUGGCUAGCACGCUAUGCUAUAAUAUAAAAGUAAAUCCAACAACAUAUAGAUAAAUAUUGAUAUAAAUAAAUGAUGUAACGCUAAAUAUCGCGAUAGAUCCUGUAAUCACCUGUUCGCCCACAUGAGCUUUUAAAUCUAAUAAACUGUGAUUAAAAGGAACAAAUGGCGCCAUAAGGAGACAUUUGUAAAAUAAAAAUAAAAUAAGACUAAACGGAGCCGGUACCGGUGGAGGAGGUGGAGGUGGAGGUGAGGUGGGGGCGGCUCGGUGCAGUGACUCUCUGCGGGGGGACGGAGCGUCUCACACGGGAUGGAGGCUGUCGGUGUCCGGCGGCCGCUCUGCAGCUGAUCCUCGGCCCCGGUGAAGAUGUCUGUGUCCGGGAUGAAGAAGCAGCUCCACAAAGCCAGUCAGCUGCUGAAUGAGAGGCUGAUGGGAGCUGAAGGAACCAAGAUGGAUGAGGAUUUCCUGAGGAUGGAGAAGAGCGUCGCGGUGAUCCACGCUCUUCUGGCCGAGCUUCUGUCCAAAACCACAGAGUUUCUUCAGCCAAACCCAGCGUACAGAGCCAAACUGAGCAUGCUCAACACCGUGUCCAGGAUUCGAGGACAGGGGAGGUCGUCGGGGUACCCGCAGACAGAGGGCAUGCUGGGAGAAUGUAUGCUGCAGUACGGCAAAGAGCUGGGGCCUGCGUCUGAAUUUGGUGGAGCUCUGGCCGGUGCAGGUGACGCUCUGCAGCAGGUCGCUCAGGCCCGGGACGCUCUGGAUGUCAACGUCAAACGCACCUUCAUCGACCCCCUGCAGGACCUCCACAACACCGAGCUGAAGGAGAUCAGGUAUCAGCUGAAGAAGCUGAACGGCCGUCGGCUGGACUUUGACUACAAGAAGAGACGGAAAGGGAAGGUCCCGGCGGAGGAGGUCCGACAGGCCUGGGACAAGUUUAUCACCUCCAAGGAGCUGGCAGAGAGGAGCAUGUUCAUCCUGCUGCAGGACGACGUGGAUCGGCUCAGUCGUCUGGCCGCUUUGGUCUCGGCGCUGCUCGACUUCCACCGCAACGCCCAUCGCAUCCUGCUGGGUCUCCAUGGCAACCUGCAGGCCAGGCUGACAGCUGCCAGUAACAAACCAGAGCGACGGUUCAGGACCAGAAAGAUCCGAGUCAGAAGUGAACACAACGGCAGCAUCGGAUUUUACCACCCGCCGUCGCUCACGUCUGCAGCCUCCUCAGGAGAGCAGUUCACAGUGUUACCGUCCAGACCCGGCAGUCCCAUCUCCUGCUACGCUGACAGUAAGCUGGUCCUGGAUCAGCCCUGCUGCCGGGCGCUGUACUCCUUCCACCCGAACCACGAGGGCGAGCUGGGCUUCAGCGAGGGCGACAUCGUCGUCCUCACCCGUCAGGUCGACGCCAACUGGUACGAGGGCUCGCUGGGCGGCCGAUCGGGGCUCUUCCCCGUCAGCUACGUGGACGUGCUGGUGCCUCUGCCGUUACCGUGACGACGGGUGGAUGAUAUGCAACUUUCCAGCUUCUUGUUUGCACUUUUUUUCUCCACAAGCGAAUGAGUCUGUUCUAAAGGAAAGGAAGGCCAUAGUUUCUACCGUAGAGCACUUUAGUUUGUGAUCUCAUGUUAAAACACCAGCCACCAAAGACAGAGACUCCGUCAGUGAAAUACGACGUCUGUACACCUCAGAGUGUUUUCCCUUUAAAGACUUUUAGAUACAUCUCCUGCACAGAAACAGCAGCUCUUGCCUUUUUCAUCACCGCACAUUUCUACCAGAGUCCUUAAGACUUAAACACACACACACAAUGCAGCACCAUCAGCCUGAUACCUGCAUUUUUAACAGUGAUAUUGAAUAGAGCACUACCUGGGUAAGUCUAGCGUAGGGUUUAGUUUCAUGAUAAGUAGAAAUAAGAAGUGCUGUUAAGUAGGUUUAAUUUCUAUGUAAUGGUAACUGUGUGGUGGGUGGUGUUGUGUAUCGUGCAUGUACUUAAAUCAAAGUAAUUGUAACUCGUCAGCACUUUAUCUGGAGCUUUACGAGACUCAGGUCAGGAAGACGUUUGUUUGAUCUGUACAAACACUGAAGUGUAAAAAGCCACAGUUUGUUGUUGGUUAUGAGCCGCGACACACAGAGAGACAAAGAGGAUUUCCCACAAUGUCAAACUGUUCCUUUAAAGCACAGUGUGAUGGAGAGUGUUAAAGGAUAACUUUGGUGUUCUUGAACCUCGACCGGUGCAGUAUUGUCCAAGCAACCUUGUACUUGUACUUGCCAACUUCAAAACAGCCGCUGUCAGUGUCUGACAGCAUUCUGAGGAUUCCUACAGAGACAGAGCUUUUUAUUUAAGAGUACGAUCCUGUUAGUUUAACCAGAAACAUCACUAUAUUACCAGAUACUAUAGUAUAGUACCAGACUCCAUUGACAAAAAGAGGAAUUUUACUGAGAAGAACACAGGAGCUGCUUAGAGAGGAAACUCGUCUGUUGUAGUUAAUAAAAAUACACCACUAUAGAUAAUAGUUCCACAGCUGUGGACAUUAAAAAGUAUCAGUGGAUCUUAUGGUUUUACACAAUAAAGAAAUCAAUUCACAUGAAUGUAAUGAAAUAAUAAAGGUGUGUAUAGGUUGGCAGAGGAGAUAUAUGUAUCAGUAAAUAGUAAAGAUAAUAUCAGUUUAACAUUGUUUCAGCACCGACCAAAAACCUUGAGGUGAAAAUUCUUUUUGUGUUUUUGUUUAAGGUAUUAACAGAGGUUCAUGCUCUUUGACAAAUAAUAACUUUAGUGGAAAUGAACUGAUUUUGCUUUAAAAUCUGAGCAGAAACCAGACGUCGUCAGAUGGUCUGUUAAUCACAUGUUAUGACUCUGACUGCAGGAAUGUACUGUUACUCCUCUGUGCACAGAGGUAUUUGUUAUGUAAAGAUUCACUCAAAAUGUAUUUCUGCAAUAAUUUCUCUGAGUAAUAAAAAGCCUUUGUGUCUGA